CUGUUUCUUUUAUUUUGUUUAUUACAAAAAACUGAAAAUAGUCUAUAUAUACCACCUUCUAUCUUUGACUUUAGAGUCAUUAUUUCAUAAGGGUCGGUUGAUCAUUACUUCAUUUCUUGUUUUUCUUAGCUCUGCUCUAUUCUUGGAUCAUUCUUCUUUUUCUUGGUAUAGCGAAUUUUGGAAAGAAAUGGCAGUUAAGACAAACGGAUUCACAGAGAGUAGUCUACCCGAUGAAUUGUUGAAGUUAUUGUUCGCAUUGGCUUUAAAGUGGGGCGAUUUGAUCGAUCUUGAUACGAUAAAAGUGAUUCAUUUGAGUGGUGCUAUGACUAAUGAGGUUUAUCGGAUAAGUUGGCCUGCAAAGACUCCAGGUGUCUGCAGAACUGUUCUGGUUCGGAUUUAUGGUGAAGGUGUUGAUGUUUUCUUUGACAGAGAUGAGGAAAUUAGAACUUUCGAGUGUCUGUCAAAGCACGGACAAGGUCCUCGCCUUCUUGGACAGUUCCCACAAGGGCGAGUUGAAGAGUUCAUUCAUGCCAAGACUCUAUCAGCUAGUGAUCUUCGUGAUCCUGAAACGUCGUCUCUGAUAGCAACUAAGUUGAGGGAAUUUCACCAACUUGAUAUGCCUGGUUCUAAAGAUGUGAUACUUUGGGACAGAUUGAGAAACUGGCUUAUCAAGGCCAUAGAUCACUGUUCCGAUGAACAAGCUAAGGAGUUUCACCUGGAUAUUCUUGAACACGAGAUUAACACACUGGAGAAAGACUUGUCACAGGACUACCAGGAGAUUGCCUUUUGUCACAAUGAUUUGCAAUAUGGAAACAUUAUGAUUGAUGAGAAGACAAAAUCAGUUACUAUUAUUGAUUACGAGUAUGCCAGUUACAAUCCUGUUGCCUAUGACCUUGCAAAUCACUUCUGUGAAAUGGCAGCAAACUAUCACUCUGAGAAACCACAUAUUCUAGACUAUGGCAUAUAUCCAGGCCUGGAGGAACGUGAAAGAUUUGUUCGUUCGUAUCUUGGUUCAGAUGGCGACCUACUGGAUGACAGUGAAGUGCAGAGGUUCGUCGAUGAUAUAGAGAAGUACACUCUAGCAAACCAUCUGUUCUGGGGCUUAUGGGGGAUAAUUUCGGCGCACGUGAACCAUAUUGACUUUGAUUACAUGGAGUACGCGAGGCAGAGGUUUGCUCAAUACUGGUUGAGGAAGCCCCAGCUUAUGGCCACUAAGAGCAUCUCUUGCGAAGUUGUAAAUGGUUUUUCGCAACCAACUUGAGCGAGCUAUCAUCACUUAUGUAUGGAAUAAUGCAAAAGAAUUGAGCUCAAUGUAAUGUGAACAUGUCAUCGACAUUACACUGGUCUUGAUUUCCAGGUUGCAUAGUCUGAAAAUGUUGUAGUUGUUUAGUAAGCAAGUGUUGUUGCCUUGGUCAGCUGAUCUCUUGUUCAAUAUUCAAAUAAAUAUAAAAGUUUGGUUUGCAAGUCU